AUGCACUACGGACGUGAGCUCGACUGCCUCUCGUGCUCGCUCGAGACGAGCAAGCUCGAGGGAGUGUACGCACCAGGAACGCCCGAGGCAUUAGACGGCGGCGCUCUACGCGGCGGACCCCCGCCCGUGUACUGCAGCGCACCCGUGUUGGCGCUGCUCGCGCAGUACGCCGCUGUCGGCAUCGUGCAGGGCGGUCUUGCCAGCAUCAAGUACCCGAUCCUCACGGGCUACUUCCAGCUUGAAGGCAACGUCCUCAACUCGGGAAGUGCGCUCAUGAGCCUCGGCUGGUCGCUCAAGGUCUUCUUUGGUCUCCUCUCGGACUGCUUUCCGCUGUGCGGCUACCACCGCAAGCCGUACAUUGUUCUUGGCUGGCUCUUGACCGCGAUCGUGCUCGUGCUUGUGGCGGCCAAGUCUCCAGGAUCGCCUGCGCCAGCAGCAGACGCAACGACCAACGGCGCAGUCCUUACGCUCCUCUGCGCGGUCGCGUGCUUCUUCUUCAUCCUCGCCGACGUUGCCCAAGACGCACUCCUCGUCCAGUACGCACAGCGCGAGCCGGACGCCGUCCGCGGCCGCCUCCAGUCGAUGGUGUACGCUGUGCGCGCACUCUUUAUGGCGCUCAUCUCGCUCGUCUCGGGCGUCUGCCUCAACUCGACGCGCAUGGCCGGGUCGUUUGACUGGGACAUUGGCGUCCAGGGGUUCUUUGUGCUCCUCGCCGUUCCCACCGUCUGCAACGUUGUCGUUGCCUCCUGCUACCUCCAAGACGAGGCCAAGCCCCGCGUGCCUCUGUCCGACUACGGUCGCCAGCUCUGGGCGCUCGCGCAGAAGCGCGCGGUGUGGCAAGUCAUGAUCUUCAAUUUUGUCUUUAUGCUCUUGACGAGCAGCGUCGGGUCGACGGCCGCUCCGUACGUGGCCCUGUACUGGGCCAAAGUCGAGAACCUCAACGCAGCGCUCUUGCAGGUCGUCGGGCACGUGCUUUUCGCCGCAGUGCUUUUCGUGAUGGGCCGGUAUGGCACCCACUGGAACUGGCGCUACGUGCUCGUGGUCACGACGCUCUCGGCCAACGCGAUCGACGCGCUCGUUCAGUUUCUCACCGUCUUUGACGUGUUUCGCAACCAGUGGUUCUACCUCGGCGUGCCGCUCACGGAGGAGCUCCCGAAAGCCAUCAGCUUUGCCGUUGGCGCGUUUGUCAUUGUGGAGCUGGCCGAAGACGGCAACGAAGGCGUCAUGUAUGGGCUUCUGACGACCGUCGGCAACCUCCCGAGCGUGUUUGGGGGCAUGCUCACCAACGUCAUGGACGCCUCCUUGGCCUACGACAAGCUACGCAUCAAAGCCGACUCGAAGGACACGCGCACCGCCGUCGCCUGGUCGUUUGGCCUGAUGUACGCGACGUCGGUCGUCGGGUGCAUGACGGUGCUGCUGCUGCCGCGGCAGAAGGCAGAGGUCCUCGCUCUCAAGCGCGACGGCGGCGACUACCCGCGCGUGGCGCUCGGCAUUGGCUUCCUCUUUGUGGUCAUCCUCGCGACCUCGAUCACGGGGACGAUGGCAUCGAUGUUUGCGUCCACGGGCUGCCACGUCCUGGCCGGCGGCCGCGGGUGUGUGCCUGGCACGAGCAGUCAUCUCUAUCUCUUGGGUAUUGCGCUUCCCGCUCUGCUUGCUGCAUGUUUGCUGCUCGUGUUUGGUGUCAUUCGUCGUUGA